GGUUGACGGCGAUAAGGCCUGCGCGAUAAGGUAAUGGCAACGGCAUUCGGUCUUUCUCUUAAAUAUCGUCAUUGAAAAGCCCAUUCCGCUUACCUCUCUUUAUUUCCCUCUCGUUCGCACCGCCGAGGUAGGUAGUUCAUGGACGGACUGCCAUAAAAUAGCACGCCUGGAAAAUAACCACCUCCUAGAGGGGGUCGGAAGCUUCGUCUUCCGUCUCCAAACGCAGCUAGAGACGAUGCUCCGCAACGGCGCAUCCAACUUCUGCGCCCGUCAAGCCCUCUCCUGGCAGAGGAUAGAAGCUCACGAUGGCACGCACGCGACCGGAACCGUCCUCCGCCUCUCGACUCGCCCGCUUCGCCCCGUACGUCAAGCGGGCCGGAUACGAGCCUACUCGUCCUUCGAGCCUCUUCGCCCGCCCUCGCCCGCUUCUCUGGGCAGGCCUAGACAAGCGCGCGAGUUCAAGCGCGGCCGGAAAUGGGGCCGGCGACUGCUGAUCGUUUCCGCGAUAACCGGCACCGUCUACGUGAUUGAUAAGCAGGCCUUCGCCUCGGGCAUCGGACGGUCGCUGCUGACGUUCAGCACUGGCCUCCUCGUCGCCCUCGACUACAAGCUCAAUUUCCGCGCCGAGCCCAUCUUCGGCGGCACCAUCGAAGACCUGCACAUGCGCAGCGCCGAGCGCCUGUUCGACGUGCUGCGCGCCAACGGCGGCCUCUACCUCAAGAUCGGCCAGGCUAUCGCCAUGCAGAGCGCCGUCCUACCCCCCGAGUUCCAAAAGAUGUUCGCUAGGAUGUUCGACGACGCGCCGCAGGACGAGUGGAAGGACGUCGAAAAGGUCAUCAGGAAGGACUUCGGAGGCAAGAGCGUCGAGGAGGUCUUCGGCGUGAGCUUUACAGGCGAGGAGGGCAAGGGGCUGAUGGAGCGCAGGGCCAGAGCUAGCGCGAGCGUCGCCCAGGUCCACUGGGCAAGGCUGCCCGACGGGAGAGAGGUCGCGGUCAAGCUACAGAAGCCCGAGAUUGCCAAGCAAGUCGGUUGGGACCUGUGGGCGUUUAGAGUAGUGAUGCGGGUGUAUACGUGGUGGUUCGACCUGCCCCUAUACAGCAUAGUACCAUUUAUAACGGAACGUCUGAUGCUCGAGACGGACUUCGAGGCAGAAGCCAGGAAUUCGGAAAUAAUGAGGAACCUCGUCAACUCGGAACCCAGCCUCAAGGGUAGGGUAUACGUCCCGAAGGUCUACCCGGAGUUUACGACGAAGAGGGUGCUAGUGACGGAGUGGAUUGAAGGCAUACGGCUCUGGGACAAGAAUGCGACGCGCGGAAACUGGCUAGGUGGGCAUGGCAAUGGUUCCCCCGGCGUUAACAGCACUCAGCUGCAGUUUAGCCCAUCCGAUAUGGAGGCUGCCCGCCGGGAGUUGCGAGAGAACCCAUUCAAAGAACGGCUGAAGCCCGACCGCGAAACCUGGAAAGGGCGGAGCGGUAAGGGUGGGCUUGGUCUAUCGAGCAAGGAGGUCAUGACCACGAUGGUAGACCUAUUUUCGGCCCAGAUCUUUAAAUGGGGCGUCGUGCACUGUGAUCCCCACCCAGGUAACAUCUUCAUCAGGCGCCUCCCGUCGGGUCGGGCGGAGCUGGUCCUCAUCGACCACGGGCUCUACGUGUACAUGAGCCCCGAGUUCCGGCACCAGUACGCGCUGUUCUGGAAGUCGCUGAUGACGUUCGACAACAAGACGAUCGCCGAGAUCACAGAGCAGUGGGGCAUCAAGGCGCCAGACCUGUUCGCGAGCGCGACGCUCAUGCGCCCGUACGAGGGCGGCGACGGCACCACCAAGGACCAGCUCAUGAUGGAUCUCAAGGGCAAGACGCCGGCAGAGCGCCACUACGAGGCCCAGCAGCGCAUGAAGCAGGGCCUCCGCGACGUCCUGGCCGACGAGGACAAGUGGCCCCACGAGCUCAUCUUUAUCGGCCGUAACAUGCGCAUCGUACAGGGCAACAACCAGUUCCUCGGGUCGCCGGUGAACCGGGUCAAGAUGAUGGGCAACUGGGCGAGCCGUAGCCUGUUCCAGGACCCGAACCUGCCGUGGCGGGAGCGGUUGGUGAACGCGUGGCGGCACCUGCUAUUCCAGACGGUGUUGCUGGCGACGGACGUGGCGUUCUACACGUUUAAAGUGCGGCAGUGGCUCGGGUGGGGCGGCGGGAUGGAGGAUGAGGUGGAGGCGCGGAUGAAGGACAUGGCCAAGGACUUCGGCGUCGAGUUGCAACACGACGUCUUCGACGGCUGAAAGGGACGAGGGAGGUCGGCGGCACCUGUCCCUCUCCCCCUUACAUGGAACAGCAUUCACCCUUUGUGGGUUACAGACCUACACAUCAGACCUCCACGCCCACUUGUCUCGCAUGUAUAAGUAAGCACAAGAAGAAAAGGAGAGGCGGGAAUGCGAAAGGGCAAAAAGAAGUAGAUGGGGUAGACGGGCAUACGGCAGGGGUAGGUAAAAGAUUCUGACUAGGCCGGCUCACAUGUAGGACUAUUACGCGCAUACAGACAUACAUAGGCACAGACAGACAGGAUACGCCCAGGACAGCGAUGGAGAUAAUUCCCCUCCUUGCCCCCCUCAAGAGAGAAGAAUCCUGCGGCCCCUCUGCCAAACACUCUUCUGGGAGCUUUCCCUCCUUUCCUUUCCUUUUCUCUCCUCUUCUUUCCUUUCUGCCCCUCCCCCGCUUCUUUUUUUUUUCUUCUCUCUCACGGCUGCCCGCUUGCCUCGUAUCCGCUCUACAUAUUCGUAUAUGUACCUACCUAUGUACGUGAGACGAGCGGCGCCGCCUCUUUAAUCUCAGGCGCGCGGUCUCGGACACGCACGCAGAUAGAUAGACAGACGGAGAGGCGUGCGCUUACGGUCAGCUUGGAGGAGGGUGGAGACAUGCCUGCCUAUAAUAACCUAGGAAUAGGUAGGUAGAGAUAUCCGCGCCGAUCUGCCUGUUGUGUUGGCGGGCGGGUGCGUACGCAGACGCGGC